AUGUCUUACUGUAUUGAUCUGAACCCUAAACAAACUAAGCAGGUGUGGACACCUCUCAAGAAACCACCCCAUCCUGGAUCUGUUCAUAUUCUGUCGGACGAUGCCCUCCUUGUUUUAGCUGCUCUCAGAGAGGCUCACUGGAAGAAAAUUGAGGAUCAGCAGAGGAGAUGUCAAAGGUCAACUGAUGGAAGGAGCUACUACACUCAGAUAUAUGCACAGAGUUUUAAGACAGAAAAAGUUGAUGCUGGUCCAGAAGAUAGAACCAAUCUCACCAACACAAAGAAUGAUCCAGGACCAGGAACUGUAAGCCAAGUUGAUUCCUCACAACCACAUGCGCAACUUGAAAACUUUGAUGGUGAUUUUGGAAACUCUGGGACAACUCCUACAAUUUCCAUUGAUUUGGUCUCUACGGUGAAGACAGAGCCGGAAGGAGAGAGUUUGUCCUCCAGCAAAACUCACAACUUCAAAGAUCCAGAUGAACAGAGCGGUAAAAACAGAUUUCAGUUACAGAUGUUACCCAACCAAGUUCAAAGAAAACAUGAAAUCAUCGUUCAUCAUCAGCAGACCAAAGGAAGUGAUGACUGUAAAUUGAGGCCAGGACCAAGUAAGAGUGAUGCCCAUAGUUCUAAACUGACUGCUUGUUUGUCAUCUCACCCACCAACAAUAUCUAGGUACUUGCCAUCUCUGCAAAAUGUGAUUGGUGAUGCUAGUCAGGGAUUAAGAAUCUCAACAAGAACCCAUUCUCUUCAGGUCUCCAGAUCCCAAUCAGCUGAAGAUGUUGAAGAAUUGGAAGGACAUCCGACAUUGCCAAUGUCUAGGACAGUGCCAUCUAAGCAAAAUACUAUUGGUGUGAAUAGUGGAGGAUCAGGAAUCUUUUCAGGAGCCCAGCCUCUUCUGGUCUCCAGAUGUUUGUUAUCCACUGAAGAUGUUGAAGAACUGGAAGGCCAUGCAACAUUGCCAAUAUCUAGGACAGUGUCAUCUAUAUGUAUAAAGCAAAAUACUAUUGGUGUGAAUAGUGGAGGAUCAGGAAUCUUUUCAGGAGCCCAGCCUCAUCUGGUCUCCAGAUGUUCGUUAUCAUCAGAAGAUGUUGAAGAACCGGAUGGCCAUCGUGUCAUACCCUCCGUAUCAAAAACAACACCACCUCUGCAGAAUAUGCCAGGUUUUGUUGAUAGAUCUCUUAGUCAAGGAUCAAGAACCUCUUUAAGAACAUGUCAUAUUCCUGUAGCCAGUGAUUUGUCAUCAGCUGAAGAUACUGAAGGAUUGGAUGACCCUGCAGCAGUGCGUGACAGACAACAAAACCUCUCUAUUUCUUCUAAAAUGGUUACUUUCAAUACAGCAAGUGAGUGCCCUAAAGAGACAAUUGCCUUAAAACUGGCACGGACGGAGAAAUCACUACCGGAGAAUCAGAACAGUGUGUCCAAAGGGUCAUCUUCUGUAGAUGUGAAACAACUGUCGACCCAUGCAGGCUCGAGGGGCAGGACUCAUCAUCGCCAGACACCCAAACCUAGCAAGAGAGGGAACAUAUGCAGCAUUGGUAGCACAUCUAGUGAUGCACCAACAGCAGUUAAAAAGAGAGUUAUACCUACAUUCCACAGAACAGCAUCAGGUUUGAAGGAGAAACCAAAGAAUAAAACAGGAACACUUUCACAGAUGUCUAUAGAACAGGUAAUGGGCACAAACAGAAUAAGCGGAGCUCCUGUCCCUGCUAAGACCAUCACAUCCAUGUCACCUUCAGAGCUAGCAAAGUUACAGGAGAUAGUUUCUGAAUCAAGCGAGAUGCUCAUGAUGCUUACGUAUACAGACGGUUCAACACAGCUUAGAGAACCGAAUGAGCCCAGGAAAAGAGCUUUGUCAUCUCUUCAUGAGGAUGGUGUAGCUAACUCUGUAUUGGUUGCCGUCCAGCGCAAGGCUGCUAAGAAGGAAUACAUGUUUGUUUCAUUUCCGCUGGCAGGUCUACAUGUAGGCAAAGAAAAUGCAUCAGAAGCAACAAGGAAUGUUCUACUUGAGAUUCUGCAGUCCAACACUAGAAAAGUUUGCUUUGAUGCUCAAGAACUGAUGCAUGCCAUCAUCAUCAACUACAGACUGGAUCCUCAGUCAGGAUGCAACAAGUGGGUGAUAAUGGACCCUAAAAUUGCUUGCUGGCUCCUGGAUCCAGACAACCCUCCGGUCACAUUCUCUGGAAUGCUGAAAACAUUCCUUGCUGGAAAGUAUAAUGAUCAAACUCCAAACAAUCACUUGGCACAUUUGGAAUUACUUGGGCCGGUGAUUGGAGACCUGACGAACAAACUCCAGAGGAAGAAUUUAUGGGAGCUCUUCAUCAACUUGGAAGUCCCCCUAAUACCAAUACUGGAUGAGAUUAAGGAUGUAGAGAGACAAUGCUACAAAAAGGCGGGGCAUCCUUUCCAGAUCACCAGUCAUAUCCAGCUCAGACAGGUUUUGUUUGAUGAGCUAAAGCUAGAUGAGCUCUGUCCUGGUCAGAAACUUGCAAGAACCAAUGUCCAGAAUCUCAAGUCUACUUCAGAAAUGGUGUUACACAAGCUUAAAGAUCUGCAUCCUUUGCCAGAGCUAGUCCUGACCCACAGACAGCUCGUGAAGCUGAAAUCUACCUACUUAGAUGGGCUGUCUGAUUAUGUAUCUGGAGGUUAUAUACACACCAGUUGGGACCAAACCUCAGCUGCCUCGGGUAGACUCCAGUCAUCAAACCCAAACAUUCAAAACAUUCCCAAGCAGCCCUUGCAAGUACACAAAGAUGCAAAUGGGUCAGUGGUCAAUGAGUCCACUGUAUCUUCUACUGCUCCAGCCACUACACUGUGGAUGAGAGAACCAUUCUUCUCACACGAGGGCUGGUCAUUUAUUGCUGCUGAUUUCCAGUCAAUUGAGCUGAGGAUCUUGGCCCACCUCUCUCAGGAUGCUGUGCUCUUGAAGGUAUUCAAUGAUGCUGGCAGUACAGACAUCUUUGUUCAACUCACCUGUGAAUGGCUUGGUUUGAAUCUGGAAGAUGUGAAGACAGGAGACAGAGAAAGAACCAAACGAAUAGUGUACUCCGUCAUCUAUGGUGUUGGGGCUGAGCGCUUGGCGGAAACACUUAAUGACACCAAGGAAAAUGCUAAGGCAUUCACCAAAAGUUUCUUGGUGAAGUUCAAGGGAGUGAAUACCUUUGCCCAACGCUGCAUCUCAGAGUGCCAGAGACACGGUCAUGUGAAGACCAUCUUCCAUCGUCAUCGACUCAUCUCUAACAUCAGCUCACAGAACUUCCAUGUCAGGUCUCAUGCAGAAAGACAAGCUGUCAACUUUGUCAUCCAGGGCUCUGCUGCUGACAUCUGUAAGCUUGCUAUGAUCCACAUCAUGACGGUAUUAUCAGAGAGGAACACUGUUAGAGCCAGAUUACUUGUGCAGAUCCAUGAUGAACUGCUGUUUGAAGUCCAUGAUGAAGAUAUCAAUGAAGUCAAAGACAUUUUGAAGACUGUCAUGGAGUCUACACCAACAUUGGGUGAAUCCAUUUGUCAGCUGAAGGUCCCUCUUCCAGUUUCUCUCAGCUACGGGAAGACAUGGGGUCAUCUCAAACAAGUGGUGUGA